AUGCUGCCCUGGAGGAUGGCCGUCGUUGGUCUUUUCUACUGCUGCAUCAGAGCAGGUGUCACGCAACAUCAGACUACAGAAUUAUUCCCAGGUGUAAGCAAAAUCAAAAGAGGGGCGACAAAUAUGGUGAACCCCACCUUCCACAACUCCUUUGAUGACGUUCAUCUAUUAUUUGAGAUCCUGCUGACUGGCAUCAACUUUGAGGCAAGUGGAGAGUUUUCAGUCCAAGAUGCUGAGCUGGCUUCCCUCCGCAAGACAAGAAACCUGGAAGUCAUCUGUGAGGAGAUCAUUCCCAAGAAGCUAUCAGACGUAUUUAGGCUCAUCACUGACCUUUCACACCACAUUGGUCACCUGCAUCAGGACGAUUUUGAGCGCACCCUGUUGACCUUGGUGUACACCGCCCAGGGGAUGGUCAAUUCCUCGACUGAAAACCAACGAAGCAUGUGGGCCGAGUCUUUUGUUAGUUUGUACAAAGUCCUCAAGCAGGAUCUGACAGAGAAAAACUAA